AUGGGCGCCUCGUGCCUGCCCUGGGCUUUCUUGGCUCUCGUCGCGCCGGGGGUCUUCGGAAUUUCUUGUGACCCUCCUCCUCGUAUCCAGAAUGGUUGGAGUAGUCAUCAUUCCAACCCCAUACCUCCUGGUACUGUGAUAAGGUACACUUGUUUAUCUGCGUUCCGCCUCAUCGGAGAAAAAACUAUUAUUUGUAUAGAUAAAGACAAAGUGAAAGGAAUCUGGAAUAAAGCUGCUCCUAUAUGUGAAUAUUACAAUAAAUAUUCUACUUGCUCUGAGCCUACAGUACCAGGAGGAUACAAAAUUAAAGGCUCUAGACCAUCAUACAGACAUGGUGAUUUUGUGACAUUCACUUGUAAAACUAACUUCACCAUGAAAGGAAACAAAUCUGUUUGGUGCCAAGCAAAUGGAUUGUGGGGGCCAACACAACUACCAACCUGUGAGAGUGAUUUCCCUCUGCAGUGUCCACCACUUCCCAGGAUCCCAAAUGGCCAUCAUACUGGUGAGAAUGUUGGUUCCAUUUCCCCAAGAAUGUCUGUGACUUACAGCUGUGAACCUGGUUACUUGCUUCUUGGAGAAAAAACCAUUACAUGUUUGACUUCGGGAGCUUGGAGUGCUGUCACUCCCACAUGUAAAGAGGCAUAUUGUAAACUUCCAGAACUUCCCAAUGGACGGGUAAAGACGCCUCCAAGUCUUCAGGUUAAUGUAACUGUAAACUUUGUCUGUGAUGAAGGGUAUCAAUUACAAGGCCAGCCUUCUAGUAAGUGUGUAAUUGUUGAACAGCAAGCUGUUUGGACCAAAAUGCCAGUAUGUAAAGAAAUUCUUUGCCCAUCACCUCCUUUUAUUCUCAAUGGAAGACAUACAGGCAACUCUUUAGAGAAUUUUCCAUAUGGAAGCACAGUCACUUACACUUGUGACCCAGACCCAGAAGAAGGAGUGAGCUUCAUCCUUACUGGGGAGAAAACUAUCCAUUGUACAGCUGAUAGCCAGAAGAAUGGAAUCUGGAGUGGCCUUGUCCCACGCUGUGAACUUUCUACUUCUGCAGUUCAGUGUCCUCAUCCCCAGAUCCAAAGAGGCCAAAUGACAUCUGUGCCAAAAGAUCUAUAUAUUUAUAAUGAUACUGUGGCAUUUGCUUGCAUGUCUGGCUUCACCUUGAAGGGCAGCAAGCACAUCCGAUGUAAUGCCCAGGGCACAUGGGAGCCAUCGGUACCAGUCUGUGAAAAAGAAUGCCAAGCCCCUCCUAAAAUCCUCAAUGGGAAAAAGGAAGAUAGUCACCUGGUCCACUUCGACCCUGGGACAUCCAUAAAAUAUAGCUGUGAUCCUGGCUAUGUGCUGGUGGGAGAAGAAUCCAUACAUUGUACCUCUGAGGGAACGUGGAUACCCACUACCCCCCAGUGCAAAGUGGCGGAGUGUGAACCUAUAGGAAGGCAACUCUUUACAAAACCCCAGUAUCAAAUUAUUAGACCAGAUGUUAACUCCUCUUGCGAGGACGGGUACCGGUUAAGUGAGAGUGUUUAUCAGCUGUGUAAAGGCAUAGUUCCUUGGUAUAUGGAAAUUCGUCUUUGUAAAGAAAUCACCUGCCCACCACCCCCUGUUAUCUACAAUGGGACACACACAGGGAGUUCUUCAAAAGACUUUCCAUAUGGAAUCACAGUCACAUACACAUGUAACACCGGGCCAGAAAAAGAAGUGGAAUUUAGCCUCAUUGGAGAGAGCACCAUCCGCUGUAUAAGCAACGAUCAAAAGACAGGCACCUGGAGUGGCCGUGCUCCCCUCUGUAAACUUUCCCUCCCUGCUGUCCAGUGCUCACAUGCCUAUGUUGCAAAUGGAUACAAGAUAUCUGGCAAGGAAGCCCCGUAUUCCUACAAUGACAGUGUGACAUUCAAGUGUAAUAAUGGAUUUACUUUGAAGGGCAGUAGUCAGAUUCGUUGCAAAGCCAAUAACACCUGGGAUCCAGAAAUACCAGUGUGUGAAAAAGGCUGCCAGCUGCCUCCUGAGCUCCAUCAUGGUCGGCAUACAGGUGGAAAUACAGUUCUCUUUGUCUCUGGGAUGACUGUAGACUACACUUGUGACCCCGGCUACGUGCUUGUGGGAAGCAAAUCCAUUCAGUGUAUGCCCUCAGGAAAUUGGAGUCCUUCUGCCCCACGGUGUGAAGAAACAUGUCAGCCUGUGAGAGAGGAUCUUCAAGAACUUCCAGUUGGUUCACGUGUGGGACUAGUUAAUACGUCCUGUCAAGAGGGGUACCAGUUGACUGGAUAUGCUUAUCAGAAGUGUCAAGAUGCUGAGAAUGGAGUUUGGUUCCAAAAUAUUUCACUUUGUAAAGUUAUUCACUGUCAACCUCCACCAGUAAUUGGCAAUGGGAGGCACACCAGCAUAACAGCAGGACACUUUCAAUAUGGACAUGAAGUCUCUUAUGAAUGUGAGCAAGGAUUCUAUCUUCUGGGAGAGAAAAGGUUAUGGUGCAGAAGUGACUCUAAAGGACAUGGAUCUUGGAGUGGACCUCCCCCACAGUGCUUACCAUCUCCUCCUGUGACUCAGUGCCCUGACCCAGAAGUCAGACAUGGGUACAAGCUCAAUAAAACAUAUCCUGCUUAUUCCCACAAUGACAUAGUAUAUGUCACCUGCAAUCCGGGCUUCAUCAUGAAUGGCAGUCACUUGAUUAGGUGUCAUACCGAUAACACAUGGGUGCCAGGUGUACCAACUUGUAUCAGAAAGGCUUUCUUAGGGUGUCAGCCUCCAUCUAAGACCCCCAAUGGGAAUCAUACUGGUGGAAACAUAUCUCGGUUUUCCCCUGGAAUGUCAAUCCUGUACAGCUGUGACCAAGGCUACCUGCUAGUGGGAGAAGCACUCCUUCUUUGCACGUAUGAGGGAACCUGGAGCCAACCUGCCCCUCAUUGUAAAGAGGUCAACUGUAGCUCUCCAGCAGAUAUGAAUGGAAUCCACAAGGGGAUGGAGCCCAGAAAAAUGUAUCAGUAUGGAGCUAUUGUAACUCUGGAGUGUGAAGAGGGCUAUACCCUGGAAGGCAGUCCUCAGAGCCAGUGCCAGGCCAAUCACCAGUGGAACCCUCCCCUGGCUGUUUGCAGAUCCCGCCUACUCACUCCCCUUGUUUGUGGUAUUUCUGCAGGUUCAGUACUUCUUAUCUUCUUGACUGGUGUCACCCUUUACAUGAUAUUAAAACACAGAGAACGCAAUUAUUAUACAAAUACAAGACCUAAAGAAGGAUCUCUUCACUUAGAAACUCGAGAAGUAUAUUCUAUUGAUCCAUACAACCCAGCAAGCUAG